AAGUGCCACUGUCACAUUUUGAGUAUUUCUGUCUGGUCCAGUUUUCACAGAGUAGUAUUUUUGGAUAACACUUGUUAGUGCUUCUUACGAGGUCACGUUAGUGCGUUUCCAUACAAACUCGGACUACGCGAUGGCUCACUACGAAGAAGUGGCCGUUCACGGAUUUGAGGAGUUCAGUCAGGCUGUAUCCGAGAGAAAGGGAAAGGAUAUUUUCACGUAUUUCUCUGGUAAUAAAGACGCCCAAGGAAAGAGCUGGUGCCCGGACUGUGUGAAAGCGGAGCCGGUUGUUAGGGGACAGAUGACUCAUCUUCCUGAGGGAUCUGUGUUCAUCUACUGUCAAGUGGGAGAAAGGGCCUAUUGGAAGGAUCCAAGUAACGACUUCAAGAAGACCCUGAAGUUGAGUGGAGUUCCCACUCUGCUGCGAUAUGGCACACCUCAGAAAUUGGUGGAGGAAGAAUGCUUCAAAGCAGACCUGGUGAGGAUGAUGUUCACUGAAGACUGAGGGAUUCUGCGUUGUUCAUGUCAUUUCUUCAAUGUUAAACAGUAAAUUCACAACCAUGCAAUUCCAGCCUUAUUGACAAACAAAGCACAAAGUGCGUCUCCUUCUGGAAUGUCGAUGCAAA